GUAUAAUUUCAGAGGCGACCAAGUGUAGACCGAAAAUUGGCCGAAAUGCUGAAAAUACGCAAUUGUGUAUCCAUAAUUCAGGGUCAAAGAGAGCGCGUUGCUCUAUUCGCAUAUACGAACAAGCAAAAACGUUAUCAAAGAAAUGCAGCCGCAGCAGUGAAGGAACAAAAUGUUGCCAGAGAAGAUGUGGAGUGGCAACAGGCUCGUCCCUUCGAUGAGAUUCCAGCUACCGGUGCAUUGUCACUUACCUAUAAUAUGGCAUUUCCCGGUGGCAAAUAUAAGAAUAUGGACUUAACCCAAUUGAUGCUAGCCAUGCGCAAGGAUUACGGUGAAUUCUUUCGAAUGCCAGCAAUAUUCGGUAGCGAUCCAAUGGUGAUGACUUAUAAUCCAAAAGAUUUUGAAACUGUCUAUCGGCAUGAGGGCAUUUGGCCUCAUCGACCAGGCAGCGACACCAUUAGACAUCACAGAGAGAAAUAUCGCAAGGAUUUCUUCCAAGGCGUUGAAGGUCUAAUUCCCACCCAAGGUAAAACCUGGGGAGAGUUCCGCAGCAUUGUGAAUCCUGUGCUGAUGCAGCCUAAGAAUGUACGACUUUAUUACAAAAAAAUGUCUCAGGUGAACUGCGAAUUUGUCGAAAGCAUCAAAGCCAUAAGAGAUCCCAACACUCUGGAGGUUCCUGACAAUUUCCUUGAACACAUCAACCGUUGGACUUUAGAGUCGGUCUCUGUUGUUGCGUUGGACAAACAGCUUGGACUCCUUACGGAAUCUAAUAAAAGCGAAAGUGUCAAGCUGCUCUUUAAGAGUUUGGAUGAUUUCUUUACCUACGCUGCUGUUUUGGAAGUCCAACCCUCACCCUGGCGUUACAUUCAAACACCGAUGCUGAAGAAGCUUAUGAAGGCUUUCGACAACAUAAAGGACGUGACGUUAGAGUACGUCAAUGAAGCACUGGAGCGUCUUGAGAUGGAGGAAAAGAAAGGAGUAAUUAAACCCGAAAACGAGCAGAGUGUACUCGAAAAAUUGCUGAAGAUAGACAAGAAAGUAGCCACAAUUAUGGCUAUGGAUAUGUUGAUGGCUGGAGUCGAUACUACUUCUAGCACAUUUACCGGUGCAAUGCUGAGCAUUGCGACCCACCCGGAAAAGCAGGACAAGUUGCGGGAGGAGGUGAUGCGGGUGCUUCCCAAUAAGGACUCGGAGUUCACGGAGGCCUCCAUGAAAAAUGUUCCGUACCUACGAGCAUGCAUUAAGGAAUCGCAGAGGAUUUAUCCUCUUGUCGUUGGUCAUGCUAGGACAACUAGUCGGGAUUGUGUUCUCAGUGGUUACAGGGUUCCAGCAGGCACAUUUGUGUCCAUGUGUCCGUUGAAUUCACUCUCAAGUGAACAAUACUUUCCUCGAGCCUCGGAGUUUUUGCCGGAACGCUGGAUGCGCAGUGAUGCUGAUUCGGGAAAAUGCCCGGCAAAUCCGUUAAAGUCAACAAAUCCAUUUGUGUUUUUGCCUUUCGGUUUUGGACCUCGAAUGUGUGUGGGUAAGCGCAUUGUGGAUAUGGAACUAGAGCUCGGCAUUGCUCGGAUUAUUCGAAACUUUAAGGUGGAGUUUAACCAUUCCACGGACAAUGCUUUCCGCUCGGUACUAAUUAAUAAGCCCGAUAUACCACUGAAGUUUAAGUUUACAGACUUGGACAAUUAAAUUAUUGUUACUCAUUAUUAAAAUUCGUAUGAUAAAUGUUAGCAUACAUAUAACUAGUGUUAACACUUGUCAAUGAUCUAUAAAUACAGUUCUUUCAUUUUA